UUAGAUCCCUGACACUUCAGAAACAAAAUAUGUGUGGUUAUUGUUGAUGAUAUCAUAUCAGUGAUAUGUAAACGACAGUUACAGGCUAUCGGUACUUUCAUCAACUUUCCUGAUGGGGGAUUGCUGCAGUAAAGAGAAAACACGCAGGUCUUCAUCGUGAUUUAUUCAUAAUGGAGUUUGUUACUGGCAUGGUACGUGAUUUAUGGGGUCGAUAUAAAGGUGACGCUGAUCAGCUAGGACAGGGAAGAGGUAAGGAAUUAAGUGGAACUGCUAAUCAAGCACCAGACAUGAUUAAAACCUAUGGUCCAAUACACAGUGAGGCAGUGGUCAGUCUAGCAGCCAUACAGUCUGGACUUUGUUUGUCUGGCAGCAAAGAUAGGAGUGUGGCUCUGUAUGAUUAUCACAACCAUCGCCUGGAGGAUAAGUGGACAGGACAUGAAAGGGAGGUAACUAAGGUGUGUUAUGGAAGAAAUUGUGGAGGCCUGUUUAGCGCAUCACGGGACAAGUCCGUACGGAUGUGGCAUCGUGGCAGUCCCUCACCAGUCCAAACAUUCACAGGACACGACCUUGUGGUCACUGCUCUUGACCUCAGCAAUGAUAACCUGCUGCUCUGUACAGGGUCGAGAGAUAACACUGUGCGCCUAUGGGAUGUGGAAAAGGGCGAAUGUCUCUUAGAAAACAAUAUCCACCGUAACCUGGUAACAGAUGUGAAGUUUAUACCACAAUUGAGCAGUUUGGUACAGACUGGGGAGGACAAGCAAGUCAGGAUCUUUGAAACCAAAAACUUGCUGGUGACUCACACUUUUCCCAAGAAGCAGUACAUCCAGAUGUGUUGUGAUGUUAGUAAGGACGGUAACUACUGCCUCACGUGUAGUAACGGGUUCGGUGGCAAUGGCUGCGAAGCAACACUUUAUGACUUGAGAACCAUGAGUAUAGUCCAUGAGUACAAAGGCCACAGGGAGGCCAUCGAGUCCUGUAUAUUCUUGCCAUUUAAUGGGCAGAACCUAAUAGCCACUGCCUCAAGGGACUGUUCAGUGCGAAUUUGGGACAGGGACACUAAAGAGUGUGUAGCAGACACUAGUAUCAGUGGGUCCGGUCCUCUUACCUCUUUAAUAUGUUAUGAUGAUAGCAGUAUAUGUGUAUCCAGUUUCCACAUGGGUAUAUUCCAACUCCAGCUAUCCUUAGCCAAUGGAACACUCUGGCCUGUCGCUCGUUUCUGAGGUGGAAAUGUUGACUGAAGAAGUGUUUGAAUCGUUUUAGUGCCACUAGUAUGCCGUCCUGAGCCCUUCUGUGAUUUUAUGAGGAUAAGGUGUCCAUAUUUUCCUGUAAGACAUGCGCAUAAGUGCAAUUGUAAAUUUUUGGUGUCAAAUGUUUUGGUCAAAAAAAUUGUUUACUAGUACUUGAAGUGUGCAAAAUUGUAAUUAACUUGGUUAAACAGAGAUAUAUUAUCAUUCAAUGUUGUAGAAAUGUUCAGCAAUACAUUUACUUAUUUAACAAAGAAAUUAAAUAUGCUUUUAUCGUUUACUUUAAAAUUUAUUUAAUAAAGCUCUAUGCGGAAUAAGUUAUUUACCAAAUGUGAACAUUAUAACAGAAGAGAAACAUUCUUCAUCUUGUUUAUUCUAAGAAAGUUUUGAUAUAUUUGAAGUGGUACGUGUUACAAAACCAUUCUGUCGUGAUUUACAUUCCAUGCUGUUGUCUAUUUUUAUACUGUCUUUUGUCUUUUCUAUUGCUAAGAGCAGAUUUGUAUUACAAUGAUAUUGUUAUGUAAACAAGUAUUGGUGUUGGGCACUUCGUUCUCUUGAUUCAAGCAUUAUCAUCAAAAUCCAGGGGCAGGUAAUCUAGAUCUGCUUGUGUAUUUUUGUGUGACUAUAAUGUGUGGUAUUUAUAAUUGUGAGGAGUGAAUUAGUAUUUAUUGGUUAGAUGUAUGGGAACAGUGUAAUGGACCACUGCCACGGUGAUGUGUCAUAUAUCAAUAUUUAUCCUUGUGUUACAUAUGUUGCUUGAAGCUAGAAGGCGACCUUAAUCCUAUGUACAAUUAAAAUCUGCCACACAUAUAAUACCCCUCGCUUUUAGGUACUCAGGUUUAUAAUGUUUUCCUCACGUCCGACCUCCAUCUCUAUCAGUGAUUGUCUGGAAGUCACAUUGGUGAUCAUAUGUAUCAUAGUUUAGUCCAAGUACCAAGUCCUUGAAAAUAUAUCCUAUAAGCGUGUUUCAAAGAUUCCAAUGGUUAAGGUCACCAUAAGUUAACUAUAAAUAAGCAUAUUAUUGUUAUCGCUCGAGAAUAUUGUUUAUUACUGUAUUUUGACCAAACUUUUUGCACAAGGGUUAAGUACUUGGUUGUCUUGAGUGAGUUCUUUGCUUUCCAGUGCUUGUCCCAAGGUUUAGGUUUAAACCAUAAAUAAACGUUUUUCUCGUUGCUCUAAAAAGUUUUAAAAUGAGUUAUUUAUGAUCACAGACAAGUUCUCCAAUAUCUUCAAGCCAAUAUUCGCUCACAUUAAGUCAAUGUCAUGAUUAUGGGAGGUCAAAAACUUAAAACUAAUAAGUUAUGGACUAUUGUUAAUUGAGGAAGGCAUCAUUCAGGACAUUAAAAGUUUGUGAAGACAGACCAGUAAUUCAUAGAGUGCAUUCUUUUCAUGUGUUGGACAAUUUAUUGUUUAUUUCCAUAGUGCAGUCACAAGCCAAAAAAUGCAUUUUUUCUGAUACCAAGUUAAGUAUAAUGUAGAUUUUUUAUGUGGAAGAGGUAUUGUGAACUUUGCUGGUUUUCUCAAGUUUAAUGCAGUUGUAUUGGUUUUAUGUGUUUUUAAAUGUUAUCACAUUUAAGGUUAAAUAUUUAUUAUUGGAUGUUUUAUUUUUGUUAAAAUUGUAUGCAAUUUAUUUUUGUUCCAAUUCUAAAAAGAAAAAAUAUUUACAGUAUAUAUGUUUCAUCAUAAAGAAGCUUGCCGUAAAUGAGAUGUUAUAGCAAUGGAGGACCAAUAAAUCUUCAUUUUUUUUUUGUACUAUUUCUCAAAAUAUUACUGUAAAAUCACAUAUUUCGUGGGGUUUUUAAUUUUGUUGAUUUCUUGGGUAAUCUUCAUCCACAAAUUCAUAGGUCCAGGAAGUAAUUACAAGUUUGAUACAAAGCAAUUCUCCACAAUAAUCCACAAACUUGUGUACCCACGAAAUGGUGUUUUGUCAGAAAAUCACAAAAAAUUUAGCCCCACGAAAAUAUCUGAUUUCACAGUAUCUGGAGGAAGAAUAGUAUCUGAAAUAGCACUUUGUCCUGUCAUACCUACACUCUAGAGAUUUUUAGCAGUUAGACAUUUGCUGUCAUUUAUAUUACAAAUCUCAAAAUAAAUAUACCUUAACCAUGA